UCUAAUGGCGGCGAGUAAAGCUGAAGAUGGGAGGACGUUUGUGAGGCGGUGAGCGCCCCGCCACAGAACAGAAGCGAAGCUCCGAGAAAGAGCUCACAGCCUCGAGGAAGACGACGGCAAAAAUUCUCUCCAGCAACCAGCCUGCCAUGGCCCCGUUGCAGCUGAGCUCCAACCUCUCCUCCUCCUUCUCUGGCCUAUCUCUUUUCCACAUUUCCCCUCAGCCUCCCAGGAGUCUCCGCAGGCGCGCUUCAGUCUGCAGAGCCGCGUGGCAAGAGCUCGCGGGAGUCCUUGUUUUCUCAGCGAUACCAUUCACGGCGGUGAAGGCCAUCGCGAACAGUCCCCUAGGUGAGUCGCUGCAGAGACGACUCGAGGAGAGGAAGAGCUUCGCGGCGGAGAAUGCUGCCAGAUUCAAGGCAAUGUCCGAGAAGGCGAGAAAAGAGAGCUAUUGGUACGGGGAAGAGCGUCCCCAGUGGCUUGGUCCAAUCCCAUACGAUUAUCCCGAAUAUCUUACUGGUGAAUAUCCGGGGGAUUAUGGCUUUGAUAUUGCAGGUCUUGCAAAGGAUCCUGUUGCUUUUGAGAAGUAUUUCAACUUUGAGAUAUUGCAUGCUCGCUGGGCAAUGCUUGCUGCUCUAGGCGCUCUUGUUCCAGAAGUAUUAGAUCUGCUGGGAGCCUUUCACUUUGUUGAGCCGGUCUGGUGGCGAGUCGGAUAUUCGAAGCUUAAGGGAGAUACACUUGACUACCUAGGGAUACCGGGACUCCAUGUAGCGGGAAGUCAGGGAGUGAUCGUGAUUGCUAUAUGCCAAUUCCUCCUAAUGGUCGGUCCAGAGUACGCGAGAUACUGCGGGAUCGCAGCUCUGGAGCCACUGGGAAUUUACUUGCCAGGUGAUAUAAAUUACCCGGGAGGGGCCCUGUUCGAUCCCUUGAAUCUGUCCAAGGACCCUGCGGGCUUCGAGGAGCUGAAGGUGAAGGAGAUAAAGAACGGCCGAUUAGCAAUGGUUGCCUGGCUUGGUUUUUAUGUCCAAGCGGCUCUGACCGGAAAGGGCCCAAUAGAGAACCUCCUCGAGCACAUCUCCGAUCCUUUACAUAACAACCUGUUUUCAACCCUGAAACUGAUGUAAAAAGUUUGCGUCCCCUUUUGAUCCUAUGUAAAUAAAUCUUUUUAAGGAAUAUAAAAAGUUUUCCAGUCGUAUGCAAAAUGAUUCUCUUGCUGAUUUUGCUUCCUCGAAAUAUGCCAACAUUAGCUUGCAUUUUGUUUUCGAGUUCUCAACUUGAUUUUGUAUCAUGAUUGUAA